CCAGGCACGUUGCUCACGUGAUCAGUUACCUGUACUUCCGCCAUACAAAAACAGGCGCAGGCGGACUGGCCUCUCUUUUUUUCUUUUUGGGCGUCAGCGCGACGUGCAGCAGGCUGAGCAUGGCAGACCUAGACUUCGAUGGUGGGGAAUCUGGGGCUUCUGCCACGUACCCCGUGCAGGCUUCUGCCCUGAGAAAGAACGGCUAUGUCAUGCUUAAAGGCCGACCCUGUAAGAUUGUCGACAUGUCUACCUCCAAAACUGGCAAGCACGGACAUGCCAAGGUUCACCUCGUUGGGCUUGACCUUUUCACUGGCAAGAAGUAUGAUGAUAUUUGUCCAUCGACCCAUAACAUGAAUGUCCCAAAUGUGGUGAGGGUUGACUACCAGGUCCUAGGGUGUAAUGAUGGUUUUCUGAGCCUGAUGGAUGACUCUGCAGAGACCAGGGAUGACCUUAGAUUACCGGAGGGCGAUUUGGCCAAAGAAAUUGAAAAGAAAAUAGAGUGCGAGGAUUCGUUUCUGGUUACCGUGUUAAAGGCUCUAAGUGAGGAGCAAGUAAUCGCCAUCAAGGCACAAACCAGUUAGAGCUGACCUAUUCUUUAGAUGCUACGCUGCCCGCAUCAGUCGCACAUUUCCUCUCCGAGCGGGUCACCUCAACUGUGGAUCUGGAUUGGUGCAGGUUCCUUUUUAAAACAUUGCAACUUGGCUCGAGUGACUGGCAGUCGAUGAAGUUAGCAUAAAAUCGUGCCUAAAGUAUGCGGUUUUAUUAUUAGGUAUCCAGAUGAUUCAUAGACUAAAAAGAAAGAGAGAGAAAAGACCAUUCAUACACAGACUGUUCAUAGACAUUUAUGAACUAUUCAUAGACACACAUGAAUAUGAAUUAAGAAAGUCAACAUUGAACGUGAAGAGCUUUUAUUUGAAUAACUUUGUUAGUCUGGGUUACGUUAAAGGGAAAAUUAGCAGUUUUUAAACUGCUCGGAAGUUUUGAAUGUAGCCUCACUUCAUUGAGCCUUCCUCCCCUCGCAUCUCUGACAAAAGUCACGCCCCUCACUAACGUGCGCGUGCACUGUUACUGCAAACAAGCGCGACACUAUCCACGGCUGCUGAAUGUUAUCGGGUUGAAGUUAUAUUUUUUGGAAAGGACAAUUAAUUGUGUGCCGGCAAUGACAAAGCCGUACUAAGUAUGCUACUGUGCGGAUAGCAAAUGAUUGACACCUUGUCGGACAUGCCUUCUGUCUCUGAUUGGUUGUCUUUCCUUGGGCGUGGUGGUUGUAAUCAUAUUAGAGGUAUAAAAUGGGGCUGGAAGUUUUUUUUUUUUUUUUUUUUUUUUCUCCCCUGUCCCCCCCACACACAUACACACACGCACCCCUCCCUGCCACAGAUCAUUUUACUACUGUCAGGUGACAUGACAGAUUUAUAAUGUAACAAGAUGUUUGUAAAUUGAAAAUGAUCCUUUAGUAAUAAUAAUUUAAGUGCUAAUGAUACACCAACUUAUUUUUUUUAAUACUAUCAUUAGCACAAAAAGUGAAAAAUGUUGUAUAUGUAUGCAAAUCGGUGUCUCUGAAUGUUCUUUUUUUGGGGGGUCUAUGAUGAGUCUGGCAACCUUAUUCUUCCACACACACUCCACUGUUGCAUUCAUUGCAGAAGUGUGCCUUUCAAUGUUUCACAUCGUGACAAACGUUAAAAGCAUCCAUCUGUUUGUGAAAACUGCACAAUUCUGAAAUGUUCACCAGCAGUGUUUUUCAUGUGCACUUGGUUGCUUUUAAUUUAACUUUUUUUUUUUUUUUUUUUCUAAUUAUGAAAAGUAAAUGCAACAGUCAACGAAGUAUGAAUUCUGUUUCAAGAGGUGGUAUAUAUAUAUGUUUUUUUUUAUUAUUAUUAUUUUAGGUAGUAGGUGGAGGGAGAGUGGUACACACUUUGUAGAAUACUUUUUGGGGUGGAUGGUCUGUUGAAUGUUCUUUAAAUGUUUGUGCGGUUUUACCCGUUAGUGUGUCGUGUUGUAUUGGACCUUGGCUGAAUGUUUACGUUUCCAUUUCAGAACCAAACUGGGACAAUGUGUUCAAUCUUUUCUCUACCAAUUGCAAAUAAAUAUUCUUAUCACGUCC